UGAAUAAUGAUAAUAACGAUCAAGAUGGCUCCUACGGAUGCCUCCUUGCGGUAGCCUGCCCAUCAUUCCAUGGAUCCACAUCCUAAACUACAAUUUUCCCACUAUUUCACCACUUGUGUAUCCUGGAGGAGGAACCCGGGGGGCUCCUGCAUGGAUUGAUACCACCGAGGACGUGAUAAAAGUCAGUGAAACAUACUCUGAGGAACACAGAGCUAGCCCCGGGAGCUAGCUGCUAGCCGCUAGCCGCUAGCUGUAGUUGUCCACCAUCUCCGGUUCUCCUGCCGAGACACUUGAACCCGAGCCUCGUCGUGUCCGGGGCGGACAGAACACGGUUGUUCCCGAUGGCAGAGCCCAGGAAAGUGCCCUUCGUCACCAUCUCGUCCUUUGGGUCAGACGCGACGGCCUCGGAGUCCAAGAAGCGCCGCCGCGAAGAUGAAGCCGACAGCCCGGUGGUUAAAGAUGGAGGCGGGGGUGGAGGAGGCGCAGCGGCCGCCGCCAGUUCAGGAGGUGGAGGAGGAGGAGACGGAGGAGGGGGUCUGUUCGGGAACGUGAAGGGAGGUGACACAGAGCCCGGCGAGAGGAAACCCACGGUGCGCCUCAACCUGCCGCUGACGGAACCCAACGAGCGGGGGUCUGCGGAGUUCAGCUACACGGAGCUGGUCCAGUCCACCUUAACUCAGGUAAAACCCAAAGCAGCUCCGGUCUGUAAAGGCCUGACUCCGCCCCUUGACCCCAGCGACCCCUUCGCCGACGACGACCGAGAGCGGCGCGAGGUGGAGAACCUCGCCAAGAAGUUUGAGAGUAAAUACGGCGGGGCUCCGAAGAAGAAGAAGCGUGAUAGGAUGCAGGAUUUGAUUGACAUCGGUUAUGGCUACGAUGAUACAGACCCCUUCAUAGAUAACUCGGAAGCUUAUGACGAGCUGGUGCCCGCCUCCCUCAACACCAAACACGGCGGCUUCUACAUCAACAUCGGCACGCUGCAGUUCAGGCCCGCCUCCGACUCUGAGGGGGAGGUGUCUAAAGGGGACUCCAACCACUUCAAGAAAGUGAAGGACGGCGAGGAGCGCGUCAUCAAGAAGAGACGGAAAAAGCCAGACGGUGUCGGCCUGGAGGACAAGAAGCCCAAGAAGAACCGAGUGACCAAACAGGGGGUGUUGGCGCUGAACCUCCACCGCCCGGAGAAGAAGAAGAGGAAGAAGCUGAUGAAGGACUCCAUCCAGCUGGCCAACAUGCUUCGCCGCUUCUCCAGGGAGAAGGAAGAGAUCCGCAAGAAGCACGUCCCGGGGGGCGCCGGCCCAACCCCGCGGCCCAACGCCGCCAGAGCACCACAGAGUAACAACAACAACAACGUUGGUGCCCUGCCCAAGGUCACCGGGGGCAACGACUUCCUGGGGGCCAGCCUGGCCCCUGACCCCACUGUGCUGUCGCUGCUGGGCGCGGCCAGCGACAACACGGACAUGCUGCAGGACCUCAUGGGCGACCUGGACUUCGCCAUACUGGACUCUCCGGGGGGCAGCCCAGGCCACGGCGAGAACGGCGGCGGGAUGGGGGCGGGGCUCAAGGCGGUAGGGGGAGGAGUCACCCGGGUGCUGUCUUCCCCCCCGCUGCCCGGCGGCCUUUCGGCCCCCCUCAUCAAACGCAUCGAGGACUUGAGAACGGCGUCCCGUCAGUUCGACCAGGAGGGCAGGAAGAAGUUCUUCACGCUGGACAUGAACAACAUCCUACUGGACAUCGAGCUGCAGGUGCAGGAGCAGCCUGAGGGGGUCCGCUCGGCCGUCUACUCCCACCUGGAGGCCUUCGUCCCCUGCAACAAAGAGGCCCUGCUGAAACGCCUCAAGAAGCUCAGCCUCAACAUACAGGACGACCGUCUCCGCACGCCGCUGCUGAAGCUGAAGCUGGCCGUGUGCAGCGUGAUGCCCGAGCAGAUCGCCCGCUUCAACAUGGACUGUAUCGCCAAGGUGGCCAAGCAGCAGUCUGGAGAAGCAGAGAAGAACGGCUCUGAGGAGGACGACGAGGAGAAGCCGGGGAAGAGGGUGAUGGGGCCGCGCAAGAAGUUCAUUUGGGAUGACAAGCUCAGGUUGUUGCUGUGCACCCUGGUACGUGUAAAGCUGGGCUGCUAUGAGCUGGAGGGCCAGAGCUCAGUGUCUCCUGAGGACUACCUGAAGGCCUUCAUGGAGGCCGAGGUCAAGCCCCUGUGGCCCAAGGGCUGGAUGCAGGCCAGGAUGCUUUUCAAAGAGAGCAUGCAGGCACACGGCCACCUGACAGGAAACACAGCCAAGAAGAAGAUCGUGACGACCCCCAAGGCCAAGCCCAAGGAGAUGGGUUGGGUCCAGCGCUCCACGCCCACAGGGGGCGUCGGCCCCGUUGCCCCGCCCACCAAGCGCCCCCCCCUCUCCCCCUCGGAGCCCAUCUGCUUGGACUCGCAGGACGAGGAGGAGCCGGCCUCGCACUGCCUGGACUCCAUCUCCCAGGCGCUCGCCAUCCUCAGCAACGCCGCCAAGGGCCUGGCCCACGGCGACAGCCCCCCCUCGCCCGACCCCGGAAAGACCCCUGUCGUCGCGGCGACCGUAUCGCACGCCUCGCCGCUGCUCCAGCAGCAGCAGAAGAAGAGCGUGGUGGUGUCCGGGGCCCCGCCCUCGCCAUACAUCUCUACCUCCUCCCCGGCGGCGGCCUCGCUGGCCCGCGCCCCCACCCCCGUCUCCGCCCUGUCGCCAGGCAACCGCAUGGAGGGCCUGGUGUCCCUCAAGGGCCUGUCCCCGGCCCACAGACACUCGGUGCUCAGCUCCGCCCCCCGGCCCCCCGCUGCGGGCGGCGGCUCCUCCCCCAAGCAGCGCCCGCCCCCCACCGCCUCCCCCCUCAUGGCGCCGGGGUCGAAGGGCGUGGCCGCUCCGCCCUCAGGCCUCCUGAGGGGCGGGAACAACCUCAUCACCUCCCCGCCGCCGCGCGUCCACACGCUCAGCCCCUCCCCCCACAUGAGCCCCCAGACCCCCCGCCUGGCCCACACCCUCCACAGCAAGACCCCCCUGACCCCCGGGCUGACCUACAGCAAGCCUUCCAUGACCCCGGCCAAGUCCCCCCUGACCCCCGGCCUGUCCUACCCCCGGCCCUCGCUGACCCUCAGUAAGCCCUCCACCACCCCCAGCCUCAUGCACUGCCGGCCCUCCAUGACCCCCGGCCUCUCCUCCUACGGCAAGGUCAACAUGGCCCCCGGAAAGGGCCCGGGGGGCGGGGCCAAGACCACCCUGAGCCCCAAGCCCCCCCACCCGCUGCCCCAGUCCAACUUCAUCACGCCCAUGCAGGCCACGCUCACCAAGGCGGGGCACAGCAGCACGGCGCCCAUCAUCAAGCUGACCGCGCCCGCCAGCUCCCAGCCCCGGCCUCAGGCCACGCCCCCGCUGCGCCAGUACACCACCAACAGAAGCCCCGCCCAGGCGUUCCGCCCCCCCUACCCCGGGGCCCAGGGGGGCGGGGCCAAGCAGACGGGCGGGGGCUACGCGGGCCUGAAGCAGCCGGUGGGGGUACACAGCAGCACCGGCACCAGCCUUACCAACGCCUCCACCCUCAGCAAGCACCCAGGGGCCACGCCCACCACCACCGCUGCGGCCAACGCAGCGCAGCGCCAGAGGGCAAUGGGCGGGACCACUCAGGGGGCUAAGCCAAUCACGUCCGUCUCCUCGCCGGCGUUGUCUUCUCAGCUGCCCCAGGUCACCACCACGGGGGGCAGCAGCCUGCUGGGCUCCGCCCCCUCCCUGCCGGGGGGCUACGGCAUACUGGGGGGUCUGGUUCCCGUGUCGCUGCCCUUCCAGUUCCCGCCGCUGCUCAACCUGCCGCUCGCCUCCUCCAACGCGGCCGCCGCCGCCAGCGCCCAGGCGGCCAAUAGCAACGCCUCGUUCUCCGUGCUGACGCAGAAUCUCUAUAAGAGCCUCCAGGCAGGGGCUCAUGUUGCUCUGCCUCCUCACCUGCAGAUCGCUUUCUCAGAUGUCAAUCAAAGCCAGGGUGGGGACUCCAACAAGAGGAAGACUCUAUGAUACAGCACCUAGCCAGACACCUGUCCGGCGGGAACCAAUCGGAAUCGAGUGUGGCUUUGAGUGACGGUCAACAGAACCACUCAGAAGGACUAGAGCUGAAGCACUGGGGAUGAAGAACACGCCUCAUCAUGCAAGGAUUGGCUCAGUGACACAAACAAGCAGUACAGGACUUUUUUUUUAAACCAUUUGAUAACUUUUGAUACUAUUAUUCAUAGAAUUGAUAAAUGGAAAUGACUAAAUUUGUCAAUGUUUACAAGAUAGACCUAUAUCACUGUGGAAAGGUGUGUGUCUGUGUGCGUCUGUGUGUGAGAGCGAGCUCAGGGGUGGGAAUGUGUUGCGCUGAAUGUGUAUUUCUCCUGGUAAUGGUCAGUGUGUCCAUUUGGUGCUUCUUUUUAUGAUAAUGUAAUUAAUACUUCAAAUCCUGUAAAGAAAUGUAAACUAAAUGCAAGAUGUUCCGUUUGGGCUUUUUCUAAACAACCUUGAUUUCUCUUGUAAAGAAAUGAAACGACCUUCCAAUUAAACAAUGCCUUAUAAUCAUGAAGUAUAAGAAUCUGUCGUCUCACCGCUGCGUUAGCGGCUGUCCAAAUCUAAGCUAACUACAUAUACCGUUAAAAUAAAUUAUGAACUAGUUUGAAAAGACUUUUAUUUAUAACAUUGGCUUGAGACGUGUCAGCAGGCCUCAGAAGGUUUGAGUCUCUGAUGUGAAAUACAGCACUGACCGCGACGGUCAGACCCCGAUCAACCAGGACCGCGGGGGGCGAACAGGCAACACGGGGAUAUCUCGUCAAAACUUCACACGGCCACCAGCGAGUCAAAUCAACCACCAUACGACUCAGAAGCUACAAAUAUGAAAAUAUUGCAAUCGCUCACGUAUGCAAGUAUGUUUUUAAAAAAUGAAAACAUCCGAUUUAGCACACAAGCAUGAACCCUUACGAUACAAAAAAGCGGCGGAAAUGAAACUGGUUUCUACUCGUGUUUAUGAAUUGUGAUUCUGGCAGGGUCAAAAUGGUCCAGAUGUACUAGGAAACCCCCAGCAGCUCCAGGGUUCCUCCCAGAACAGAAAGUCGCUUGAGGGGAGAGGCCUGCCGGUUAUUUGACCAGCGGUCUGGUUUUAUCAUCAUCGCCGCACUGGUGCGACUUGUACAUCUUUACCUCGGCCAUGUACUUGGCCCAGGCGUCGCUCUUACCCGGCUCGGCCUGCGGAGAACGGAGAGAACAGGCGGUUAAAACAACACAACGGCAGACAAACACUAGACGGAUCAGGGAAGAGAGACUGAUGUACUUACAACCGAGUCCGGUUUCAGUUUCUUCGCAACCAUGCCGGUCUUUAGGAACACGCCGCCUCGCCGCUUCCCCACCUGGGAGGAGAUACAAGACUGACACCGUUACAGGAGCCCAGACACCGGGGUGAGGAGAAAUGAGACUGACACCCUUACAUCUGGGUGAGGAGAGACAAGACUGACGCCCUUCCAGGAGCCCUGGCAGCCAGGUGGGCAGUGGAGGAGAGCCAACAGUAGGGCUCCUGUCGCACGAUGACCAGCGAAUGAACCGUAAGCCAUGUGUCAAUAUGUGUGUCAUAUUAGUGUCAAUGGUCCAAUGAACCAAGGCCUGUACUAUAUCAGCGUUAAUAACGUGUUCUAUUUU